UUAGGUGGUUUGGUUACAGGAACAGUGUACACUUUGCUUCAAUUCCUAACGUAUCAUUAGAAUAGUGCGGAUAACGGCUUUUCUACUUUCUAUAUUUGUUUUUAUAUAAUAUAUUAAAAGUUAUAUUGCUUCAAAUAGUCAAAUUUGUAGCUAAAUGAUAUAUAGAAAAAGUAAAAACAUAUGUGAUGAAUGCAGCAGUGAAUAAGCAAUUGAACAUACAGGAUAAGUGAGAAUAAUAAAGCAGAAUCAACAUGGCUGCAUAUGGUUCAAGUGCUCAGUACGGUGUGCAGUUUAUAUCUGAGUUCAGGAUUUUGCUGCUUGGGAAUAAAGGAGCUGGAAAAACGUCUCUAGCAAACACGAUACUGUGCAGACAGACCACAUCACCAAAGAGUACUGCUCAGUGCACAAAGAUCCGUGGAGUCGCAGCUGGAAGACUGGUCACUCUGGUUGACAGUCCUGGCUGGUGGAAGAACUUCCUUGUGAAUGAGACUCCUGAGUUUCAAAAACAGGAGCUUGUGCUAAGUAUGGCUCAUUGUCCACCAGGACCCCAUGCUGUUCUUCUGGUCAUACGUGUGGAUGCCUUAUACACAGAGAAAAACAGUAGAGCAGCGCAGCAGCACCUAGAACUUCUUGGGAAAGACAUCUGGAAGCACACAAUAGUUGUGUUCACUUACGGUGAUCGUCUUCAAGACCAAACAGUUGAGCAGCACAUUGAAAGUGAAGGAGAAGCGGUGUUACAAAGGCUUGUUGGAAAAUGUGGGAACCGGUAUCACAUUGUCAACAUUGACAGAUACAGUGGGACUCAGGUGAAGGAACUGCUUGAGAUGAUCGAGGAUAUGGUGUCUGGAAAUGGUGGCUCCGGUUACGCAAUGGAUCAAACGUGUCUGUAUGAAGUCAAAGAGUUGAGGAGGGUGACAGAGGAGAAAGCAAACAAGAGGAGGAGGAUGGUACAGGAGCAAAGGGAUGUGCCUAAAGGCCAUAACUGCUCCUUGUCCAACAUAAGAAUGGUGUUGCUAGGCUAUCGGAGAUCUGGAAAAACUUCAAUCAGGAAUAAUAUCUUUGGAAGAGAGAACAUUGGCUUGAAGAGAACUUCACAAAGUGCGAAGACUCAGAGUGAGGUUGCUGGAAAUGUCAUCACUGUCAUAGACACACCAGGCUGGUGGAAGACUCUGGCGGUAAGAGACACUGCAGAACUGGACAAGCAAGAAAUAUUACAUAGCAUUUGUUUGUGCCCCCCAGGACCACAUGCUCUACUCUUGGCUCUACGCUUAGAUAUGCCAUUCAGAGAUGAAGAGAUGAAAUCACUGGAGGAACACAUGGGUCUUCUUGGUGAGACAGCUUGGAAACACACUAUUCUUCUCUUCACUCAUGGAGAUUUGCUUGGUGACCUGACUGUUGAACAGUACAUUGAGAGCGAAGGGAAGGACCUGAAGUUGCUCGUUGCAAAAUGUAGAAACCGGUAUCACGUUCUCAAUAACGAGAAUUUGCUUGACGGUGGUCAGGUCACGGAGCUGUUUAAGAAGGUCGAGGAGAUGGUGGCAAAAAAUGAAGGCCUUUAUUAUGAAAUGCACCCGAGGACUUAUAAGGAAGUGAGGCGGAAAUGGAGAUUAAUGGAAAAAAAAUCCAAGAUGAGGCUGAAGGUGAAGCCUAGAAGGUCGAUAAACUCAGUGAAAGGUGCUGGACAAUACCUGACUGAGCUUAGCCUCGUUCUAUUGGGGUAUGGUGAAGCCGGGAAAACAUCAGCAAGUAACACCAUCCUAGGCACAACGGAUUUUGGAUUCAAAAGAACUUCCUUGUGUGUAAAGAGAAAAGGAGAGGUAGAAGGAAGACUACUCACUGUCAUAGACACACCAGGAUGGUGGAAACGUCUUCCAGUAGAAGAAAUGCCACAAUUUAUCAAACAGGAAAUUCUACAGAGUGUCUCCCUCAUCCCUCCGUGCCCAGUCAGUUUCUUACUGGUCAUCCGUCUGGACAGUUCUUUUCAAGAGGAAGAGAAAAGAGCUGUAAAGGAUCACAUGGACCUUUUCGGAGACAUGGUCUGGAAGCAGACCAUAGUUCUUUUCACUUGUGGAGACUGGUUAGGGGACAGAACCAUUGAGCUGUACAUUGAGAGUGAAGGUGAGGCACUGAAGUGGAUUCUUGGAAAAUGUGGGAAUAGGUAUCACAUUCUCAGCAACAAGAACCAGAGAAGUAGUGCUCAGGUCACUGAACUGUUAAAGAAGAUUGAAGAACUGGUGGCUGAAAACAAAGCAUGUCGUUCAGCGGGCAUGUGGGAUUUGAAGGAGAAGACAGAGAAGAGGACGGAGAAUGUGCAAUCCAAAGAGAGAGGACUACAGAGACAGACUGAGGAUUUUGACUCAGAUGAUGAUGUAUUUACUAUUGACAUGAAGUACAACAUAUUUAAAAAAUUAUAAGUGUAACUCUAAAGUAGGAAUAAUGAAAAGAUGAACACACAGACUUCCCAAUGUAUUAAAUAUGUAAUUUCUUUUAUUACAUGGCUAGGACAGCAGUAUUGCCUUCAUUUAGCAAACUUAAUUUAUCUGGUAAAUAGAUACACUAUAUUGCCAAAAGUUUUGGGACGUCUGCCUUUACAUGCACAUGAAUGUAAUAUGGAGUUGGCCCGCCCUUUGCAGCUGUAACAGCUUCAACUCUUCUGGGAAGGCUUUCCACAAGGUUUAGGAGUGUGUUUAUAGGAACUUUUGACCAUUCCUCUAGAAGUACAUUUGUGAGGUCAGGCACUGAUGUUGGACGAGAAGGUCUGGCUCACAGUCUCUGCUCUAAUUCAUCCCAAAGGUGUUCUAUCAUGUUGAGGUCAGGACUAUGUGCAGGCCAGUCAAGUUCCUCCACACCAAACUCGCUCAUCCAGGUCUUUAUGGACCUUACUUUGUGCACUGGUGUGCAGUCAUGUUGGAACAGGAAGGGGUCAUCCCCAAACUGUUCCCACAAAGCAUGAAAUUGUCCAAAAUGUCUUGGUAUGCUGAAGCAUUAAGAGUUCUUUUCACUGAAACUUAGGGGCCAAACCCAACCCCUGAAAUACAACACCUGAAUUCAAUGAUUUGGAGGGGUGUCCCAAAACUUUUGGCAAUAUAGUGUAUGACUAAUACAAACACUAAGGCAAAGAUUGUAUCCUUCACCCAGUCCAUGGGGCUUAGAUCAAAAACUUUCUUGUGUUCAGUUUUCUCUGCUAUUUUAACUCACUGCUCUAAGAAACUGGUAACUUUUAUUGCCACACCAUUGCUAUUUCAUUAACUUUUUACUAAUUACGAUAAAUCUGAGAUACUCCAAUGUUUUUCUUUUUAUGUAUUUAUUCAUUUUAGUGGUACAUACUCGCUGUAGUCUUUAAAUGUAACACACCAUUAAAACAAAAAUAAGGUUCUAUUUUUCACCUAUAGAUAAUGACUUUUAUUUUUAUUUGAAAAAGGUUGGUUAAUAGCUCUUUUUUUUUUUUUACCAUGCUUAGUAUUUGGCAUAGACAUUAUGAAAAAACUAGGAAACAUAAAUGGUUUUGCCUGUUUAUCUUUUAGCAUGCUCCUAUGGAAACACAAGAGUUUUAUGCCUAUACCAACACUAACCCUCUAAAUUUUUAACCUAAAUUUUAAUUAAAUGAAUGAAUUAAUUCAUAAUUGAACACAUUUUAUCAUACACUACACAUAAUACGUCUCUAACAGUACUUCUGAUGCAGCUUUAAAUACUCUAAUCCAGUGAAAGAUCUUCACUCACUAGGCUUCGCUUGAAAUUCCUAAAUAAGCCAUAGACUUGUAUGGUGCUAGUAAGGACUUCUUAGUGGCUAGUAUGGUGAUCUAGGGUGUCCGAACCUUUACUAGUAGUGUAUUCUUUGUCAAAGAGUUAAGCAUAUCUAAACAACUAUGUUUAUUUAUCAUUCAUUCACUCUAUCCUGGUCAGGAUCAUGAUGAAUCUGUGUGCAGUAAUAAUUCCUAUUAAAGAUACAAAGCUGAAAAAACAGGCAGAUUUCUGAAAACCAAGAAAACAUUUCUGCUUGAUUGAUUCGAAUAUUUAUUUUUCUCUCUCCCGCUCAAUAGGAAACUUUCUUGCUUUCUUUCUUCUUUUCUUUCUUGCCUUAGAUAGCAUGUCAGGCCAAGACACACAAUUCUAUAAAAAGAGCACUAAUCUUGCGAGAAAGCUUUUGAAUGUACCUUUUAUGACCUUGCAGAAAAAAAUAAAAUCUUUGACGGCAGAAACAUUAUAUCUUGGCUAUCUUGCUGCUGAAUGGAAAAGUGUUGCUACACUACUUCUUUGACACCAAACAAAACUCAAACAGUAAGGCAACAACAGAAGCACACUGAGGGAUUUUAUGUAAUGAUAAAUAAUGGCACUUGAACAAUAAUAGUAAAAGAAGCAAAAAGGAGGCUCCAUUUGUGACUUUUGUGGGCUGCUCUUUUGUGCUAGAGAAUAGGAUUUGUGCAUUUAGCUUCACCUCUCGAAACCUUUUUUUUUUUUUUUUUUUAAAAGCAACCCUUAGCCAGGAGAAAAUUCACCAAAUCUCUCACUAAAAUGGUCUAUACAGACACCGAUGGUGCAUGCUUAAGGAAGGAGUGAAAAGCAACACCCUGAGUAUAUUUUUUCUUUAUGUAAUAAAAUUAGCUUGGCAUGGUCACAACGAAAUGUCGCAGCUUAGAUUGACUUACUUUGUGUGAUUCUUCAAACGGCUACAAUUUAUAUAGAUAUGAUAAGGACUUGUGGAAAUUUGCAAUUGGAUGAUCAUGGCAUUGUAGUUCAAAAGAUUAGAUCACCUUCCAUCUAUCUGUGUACUUGCGCAAACAAGCAACUCCUUCCACUCUUGUGAGAAUCUGUCUGCGUGGAGUUAUAGAAGCAUAGAGACUUAAAAACACAGCCACUACACGAUUCUCAAGUGGCUCACAUUCUGUGUGCUGGAAUAAAGAGAAAACCUUUAGAGAGUGGGUAAUGACAUGUUUGGUAUUAGUGGAGAAUCUGUCUCGUCUAUCAGUUUAAACUGUGAUCAUUGAUAGGGUGGUGUGAUACUUGCUGUUAUUAGUCUUUAUUUCUUGUCUGUUAUACACUGUAAUGCUCCAGCUCCUGCUUCCCACCUUCAGGCCAUUUAAAAAUGACUUUUUCAGACUAUCUAGUUUACACUGUCUCAUGUACUUAAUUUUCUUUACUGAUAUUGUGUUGGUUCUGUCUUAUUAGUCUCUUGCCCAUUACUUCAGGUGGUCCAUGCCUAGCUCUUAUGUAAUUGCAUUCUUUAUUAGAUGUUCCGUGGUACUCUUGUAUAUUUUGUCUAUAUUCUCUUGUAGAGUUCUUUUAAACACGCUACUGAUUAUUCAUUGUAUGUCCAAAUGAAGUGGUUGCAUAUUGUAAUCUCUUUGUUUCGUUGUAUCCUCUUAUCUCUAUAUCUGUGUUCUAUAAUAUCUUGUUUUUUUCUUGCUUCUCUUUAUCCUUUAGUUAUUAAUAUUCUCCACCUUCUUGUUUUGGUAGGGUCUUGUGUCUGGUUUUAUUUCUGAGGUAGUGUUGGUUGUUCAACUGUUUUACGUAUAUGUUUUAACCAGCACUGUAUUUAAGAGAACUUAUGUAGGUUUUCCAA